GUACUAGCACACAUAAACAUCAAAAUCGGAAUCAAAGACAGAAAAAAAGGGGCGCUUCGAAGCAUUGUUUAUCGAUUAUGGUACACCCGUCCUGGAAUUGGAAUGUAUCCUUUGUUGUUGGCCAUAAUGACACGCUUGCAGUGGCACGUGUACCAAAGUAAUCAGCACAUACGAGAACAGGUUUGUCUAGUAAGAAUUCUAAACGCACUGACGUGGCAGUCCGACGGUCUCAGCUCAUUCUGUCAAAGGAGCAUGGAGAACAACAACUUCUUAUACCCAGGCUCUCGUGCCGAGUGGAUCCUGAAGCGGGCGAAGGAGUUCGAUGAAACAGCUCGCACCUUCCCAUGUACGGUGUGCGGGCAGCCCGUCAAAUGGGUGUGCCUGGAUGCGGCGUGUGUCAGCUACAACCAGAGCAGGGCGCUGUGCCUGUGCGACGCGUGCGACGCCCGCUUCCACAUCAGUAGCAGCCCCGUCAUGCAGAGCCACCGCCGACUGGCGCCUGUGCUGUACAUCUCCCUGAUACUGUUACACCGGUCCCGAACCCUCCCGCCACUCAUCCCGGUCGACAAGAGACCACGUUCACCCGACGAAGGCGACGUCAGCUCAUCCAAGCGUCAGUGGGCCUCGUCCUCUCCUCCACAGGCCAGGACUACCGAUAUGAAGCCACUUGCUGUACAUGUAGCAACGACGUUCUCGAGCAAUGGCUUUCCUCCGACUCCAACAGAAACGUCACAGCACUCUCCGACCCUGUCUAGCAAUGGCCACCAUCCUCCCCAAGCGGAGAUGCCACCGUACUCUCCCAUCGAGACCACGGGGUCUACCGCCGAUGUGGGCCCGGCAAAACGCCGCAAGGGCGACACCUCCGGAAUCGAGUACAGGGCGACGUUCGGCAACAACCUCCGCCCCAUUCACGCUAGGUACGCCCGCAUCCUGCAGCACCUGCAGGAAGACAGCACCUUGACCUUGCCAGAGGCCUUCCGGCUGGAGAGCUUCGCAAAGCUGACGGUGAAGAACUACCUGGGCAUCGCGGAGCUGAAGCUGGUGGCCCCUGACGCGUACGAGGCCGUGCUGGAGGCGUACAAGAGGCGCGGCAAGCCGCUGAUCACCGUGGCCGGUCUGGAGCGGGAGUGCCGCAAAGAUUUGGCCAGACGAAGCGAUGACGUGGCGCAGAUGCGCAAAAUGGGACAGCUUCUGCCCUUCUUCGACGUUACCUAUCAAUAUGGCGCGGGCUCCAAUUUCUAGGGCUGUCAGUAACAGUGGGUUCAAGCACCAUUCCAACAAUGAUGGUCCGGAUAUUUUGGCGUAGUGGUAGUGGUGGUGGGUUAGUAAGCUGGCAGGCAUCCUGAGAAAGAUUAACCUUUAUGUACGCUUUUCGGUGUGUGCAAAGAUACAAUGAUAGCUCUGACCAGACACCGGGCAACUUAGAUUGUACAUGUUACAUGUACUAUCAAAUCAUCAAGCAGCAGUCGUGUCAACUAUUGGUUGCUUCUUGGCCUCUAACAGACUCAUCUGCCUGCUGAAAUGCUAUCAGAACUUGGGACAAUGAUCUUGUAUAGAGCAGGUAUAACUGUGACUGACCAGUAAUAACCGUCCUUAAGUUCAACACAGCAGCAACUCUAUGACAACAUCAGCGCUAAGUAUUUUUUGUUGUCUUGUAAGUAGGACGACAAUGACGACACAUACAUACAGCAGGUCAGUGUCUGUUAAGUGAUUGUUUUUUUGUUAAGUUGUUAACUGUCGGAUACUAUACAAAAAUCAAGGCAUGAUAUCAUACUUACAUGACGGUGAUGGGGAACCUCAUUGCUAAUGGAUGAGUUGAAUGCUGGGUGGUAUGAUCUCAGUCAACUGAAGGGUAAAAGAAUUGUUAGAAUAUUUUUCUACGCCAGACUGCCAAAUUGUGGAACUGUCCAUCGUGCCUCCUCCACUGUUGUUUAAGAUUGUUUUUUGUACAUUCUUAAUGACUUAAACUAACCUUGAUUGAAAAAUAAUAAUAUGUAAUUCAAGGCAUAUGAAUUGUGAUAUGAUUUGGGAAGCCAGAUGAAUAAAGUUGACUUGAAACCUA